GGGCUCUGGAAGGGGCUCUGGAAGGGCUCUGCCUUGACCGGCCUUGACGGUAACCGACUGGGCUCCGUGUGCCAGGCCCUGGAGGUGACCCUGCCACACGGCGGCGUGCUCCGCGGCCGCGAGGUGCAGCAGAACGCGGCGCCGCCCUUCCAGGCCUUCCUUGGCGUGCCGUUCGCGCGCCCACCCCUGGGCAGCCUGCGAUUCCAGCCGCCGCAGCCCGCCGAGCCCUGGACCGGGGUGCUGCCGGCCGAGCAAGAGAAGCCGCCGCCGCUGCAGAUCGACUACUACCUGCAGAAGGUGCUCGGCUCAGAGGACUGCCUGUACCUCAACGUGUACCGGCCGCCGGGCACCGAGGCCAGCAGUAGGAAGCCCGUGCUGGUGUACUUUCACUACGGCUUGUGGAGCCUCAGCAACGCAUCCAUGAACGAGGUGGGACCGGAGCUGUUCGUCGCCAAGGACAUCGUCGUGGUCGUCAUCAGCUACAGGUUGCAGGCCUUGGGCUUCAUGUCGCUCAACACGCCGCUCGCCCCGGGCAACAUGGGCAUCAAGGACGCGGUGCUCGGCAUGCGUUGGGUGCGCGAGAACAUCGCGGCCUUCGGCGGCGACCCGGAGCGCGUCACCGCGUUCGGCUUCUGCAUCGGGGGGUACAUCGCGCAGACCCUGCAGUUCGUCGAGGCGGCCAAGGGCACCUUCCAGCGGAGCAUGAUCUUCAGCGGAGUGAUGAACAACUCCUGGUACGGCGCGCUGCCAGGUGAAGUGGUGCGGGAGCGGACCUUGAAGCUCGCCCGCCUCCUGGGCUGCGACGGGAACGCCAGCGAUGAGGAGCUGUUCGAAUUCCUCCAGAGCGUGCCGGCCAUGGAGCUCUUCAGCAAGGCCUGGGACUGUAUGGCCAGCCCACCGCCCGCCGAUCGCGCUAACCCGCCCUUCCUGCCCAUUAUCGACGGGGGAUGCGUCGCGAGGCCCGAGGACGCCGUGUUCCCUGCGCACCCUUUCAAGAUGCUCCGCGACGGCAUGCAAGUCUCCCCCGUGCCCACCAUGUUCAACCUCACGCGUGACGAGGGCCAGGUGGUCCGGGGUGACGUGAAGCUCUGGACAGGCACCCGGGUCGACAAGGACGACCUGGACGACCACUUCGCCAAGCUGGACCGAUCGCUUCCGUGCGACCUCGACCUGGAGCUUGGGACCCCCGAGCGCGCGGCCGUCACCAGGGAGGUGCGGGAGGUCUACUUCGGCGACACGAAGCACCCCACCAUGCACCAAAUGUACACUUACCUGGGCGACAUCGUCAACGGCAUGCCCGUGGUGCGGGCGGCCCGCCACCACGCCUGCCACCCGGCCGCGCCUCCCACCUACCUCAUGAGCUUCGCCGUCGAGAGCACCUUCUUCAACCGCAGCAGAGUCAAGUACGGCGAGUGCAUCGUGCCAGGCCUGGUGGUGCACGCCGACGACAUGUCGUACUACUUCGGGGCGGGCACAGAGCCCCAGGGCCCGGGGCCCGAGCCCGCGCUGGCGCACGACAGCCUGGAGGCGGUGACCAGGCGCCGUAUGAUGGCCUUCCUGUCCAACUUCAUCAAGUACGGUGACCCCACCCCCGAGGACGAGCCCGAGCCCGAGCUCCACGGCCUCCGGUGGCCGCGCCUGCCCGCGUCCACGUCGGCGCCCUACCCGACGCUGUCCUUCACCGCCCACCCCUCCGUCGAGUGGGAGCUCUUCGGGGCGCGCGCGCGCUUCUGGCAGGACGUGUACGAGCGGUACUUCACCGACGGCGACACGGCCGUCUCCAGGUCGCCGCCGAGCUACACCGACCCGGACGACCGGGAGGACGGCGGCAAGGACUUCACGAGGGGCAUCUUCAUGUGAAGGGGAAACGCGCCUGCCCCCUGCCCUGCGCCGGUCCCAUCCUGAUCGCAGCGGAGGGUCAGCCCGUGCGGGAGCCUAAGGUAAACGUCAAAGUGCGCCGCCGGCUCGUGCUCAGACCGCCUCAGAACGACGGGGUCGAGGCGGGUCGACCAUGCCGUUCUGAACGAACACAACAGUUCGGCGGUGCAUAUCCGAGGUAUCCGAGGCAACAGACGCCACAACCAGAGCGAUGACAGCGGACUGCUCCUGGGGACGAACGGAAAGACGGCGGAGACGGAACCGAGAACACGUUUGCCUAUACGGAGAAUCGAUAUUAUCAACGUCAAUCGGCUUAUCAAACUUUAACGUUAACAAACGUCGACAAAUAAAAUAAAAACUGGAAACUUUUA